AUGCCUUUCGGAGAUCGACUGCGUGCCUUUGGUAAUAGGUUAAACAUAUAUCCAUCAUCUAGACGGAAGGCUCGAAGUUUAUCAUCCCCUCAUUCUAACCAAUCCUCCACACUCGAUAUCCCAAGCGAGCAUCCAAGAUCAGCUAUUCCUCCAGGGACUACUCCCUUACAGAGUCCAACUUCUCCUAUACAGCAAACCCCCAGCGCACCCGUUAUCACUCCCCAGCCUAUAUUACAAGAACCCUUGAGCUCAACGGAUUCUGUCCACAGAGUCUCCGGUGCAUCUGCCGCACCCCCGGUCACGCCCCACCCUGAUCCCUCUUUCUUAAAUCCCCCAAACCCUUCAAGCCAGCCGGCACCAUCUUCAACAGCUUCCCAAGAAGAGCUUGUCAGUACCCUGUGGGAUGAAGCUGUGGAGAAAUUGAGCGUGGAAGAUCGAGAAUAUUUCAAGACAUCUGGAAAUGACAAACUCAACACGCUGGAGACAUUUAUUGGAGAAACCAAGGCGAAAAGAGAUGAAUAUAAAAAGAAGCAAUGGAAAUGCACUAGCUAUGUUGAUAACAUUUUAGCUCAGCUAGAUAAACUUGCAAAAGUCGGCGAUGUCUUGGUGAAGCAGAGUCCCAGCAUUGUGGCUAUGCCAUGGGCUGGUUUUAGAUUCCUUUUACAGAUCUCUUUGAACGAUAUCGAAAUUGUUGAGAACGUUCUGCUUGCGCUUGAAUAUAUCGCGCAUACACUAGGUCGAUGUGCAAUCUAUGAACACCUCUACCUGAAGCCUUCAAAUCACACAAUUGCCGCGCGAAACCUUCGAGCCGCGCUACCGGAUCUAUACGCUGUAAUUUUGAUGUAUCUAUCUGAGUCAAACAAGCAUUUCACCCAAAACCUUGCUGUGCGGGCUUUACACAGCACAUGGGAUCCAUACAUAUCAAGAUUCAAGCCACUCAUGGAGAGGAUCAAGGAGGGGGAGGCAACCGUGGAAUAUAAUGUCCAUGCGGCGAGAGACCAAGGCCAAGUUGCCAUUAAUGAGAAAAAUGAUCAUGUUCAACAACAGCAGAUGGAAAAACUACAGAUGAUCCUUGAAGCAAUGAAAAUGCCACAAAUCCAGCAGGAUUUAGAAGAUAUACGCAGACGUAUCGCAGAAAAUUCAAAGAGUGCCGAACGCCAAGCUAUUCUGAAGUGGUUAUCAGAAGUGUACUUCGAGGACCAUCACAAUCUCAUCAAGUCGAAUCGUCAUCCGGGUAGUGGUGGGUGGCUUUUCGAAAAGGGGGAGUUUAUCAAUUGGAAAGCAUGCGCAGAGAGUUCUAUUCUUUGGUUGCGCGGUUUCCCUGGUGCCGGAAAGACGAACCUAGUAUCGGCAGUCAUUGAUCAAUUCACGGAUACCCGACGGAAAAGGGAAGCUAUUGCGUACUUCUACUGCAAAUAUGAUCAAGAGGAGCGACGAGAUCCAUCGCAAAUUCUCAGGGCGAUCGUGAAACAAUUAUCAUCCGUAGAGCCCGGCUCAAAGCUGUCUGAGUUAGUCGAAGACAUCUACAAAAAGCGCAAGGAUGGCGGAUUCAAGUCCGGCCCUUUGACUAUGGCAGAGAGUGAGAGUCUAUUGAUCGAAAUGACUGCAGAUUAUGAAUCUACAUUCAUCUGUAUCGAUGCGCUGGAUGAAUGCGAUAAAGAUACACGUGGAGAUCUGUUAGAUGCUCUACAAAGAAUUUUAAAGAAAUCGACCUGUCCUAUCAAAGUCUUCGUCGCUAGUCGGGAUGACCAGGACAUCAAGCUCCACCUUGAUGGUCUGCCCAAUGUUUAUAUACGACCAACAGAUAACCAUACGGAUAUCCAUCGAUUCAUAAGGGAUGAAAUAGAUAGAUUGGUGGAUCGAAAAAAGCUGAUGUAUGGUUUUUAUGAUCCUGAGCUCAAAGCUGCUAUCAUAGAGAAUAUCACCAACCGCGCAGGCGGAAUGUUCCUUUGGGCCAGUUUGCAGAUCCAAAGUUUGUGCCGCGAAAAAACAAAAUCAGACCUCGAAAAGGCAAUGAUUGAGAUACCGGCAGGGUUAGACCAGACAUUUAAUGCGAUCCUUCAUAGAAUCGAUGUACAAUCGGAGCGAAGUAGAACACGAGCAAGAAGGGCGUUAGUGCUUAUCCUCGGCGCCCAAAGACCAUUAUCGUCAAAAGAGUUAAUCCAAGCCCUUGACAUGGAUUCUAGAGGCGAAAUCAGAGCUGGUGGUCUCAAACCGGAUACUGUACUGGAUGAAUGCCAGAACUUUGUUGUCCUUGAUCAAGAGCUUGACGUUUUCCGCUUUGCCCACUUAUCCGUCAACGACUUUGUAAGAACUCUGUUCUCCGAGGGCGACACACAUGCAAAUAUGGCAGAGAUUUGCCUUGAAUCUCUUCUUUGGCAGAAAUGGCAGGUGGAACUUGUAAAAUACGCUCUCCAGUAUUGGGAUGUCCAUAUUCGAUCAUCCAACACAAGCAAGCCAGAAUAUAGCUUGAAAUUAAGAAAGCUACAGGAAGAGCUUUUGCUACCAGGCGAAGGUUUCAGGUCAUUUAUUUGCACAUUGGAAAAUUUUAAUACGAAGGAGGGCAACAGCCGCUGUUUCGAAUUCCGCAUAAUAGCUAAGGCGGUAAAUACACCGUGGGAUGUCGCCUGCAGAUACGGGCUGGUCGAUAUGUAUCUGCAUUUUCUAGAUCCGAUAAGAAGAUCAAAGACUUUUAAAAUAAGUAUUGAGCGCGGAUUGUGCUUCGCGGCAGCUUUCGGUCACGAACAUAUAUCUCAACAAAUUCUGAUGAUAUCCAAUGUGGAUGUCAACACAGGAGGCGGGCCAGUAGUGGGUUGGAUACCACUAAUUUACGCAGCCUAUUUUGGGCAUGAGGCGAUUGUCAAGAUGCUACUCGAGAGGGAGGACAUCGAUGUCAACUGCAAAGAUAGUGAUGGAGAUACAGCACUCAUUUAUUCAGCAAAGAAUGAUCACAAGGCGAUUGUCAAGAUGCUACUCGAGAGGGAGGACAUCGACAUCAACUGCAAAGGUAGUGAUGGAGAUACAGCACUCAUUAAUGCAGCAUGGAAUGGGAAUGAGGCGAUGGUCAAGAUGCUACUCGAGAGGGAGGACAUCGAUGUCAACUGCAAAGAUAGUAGGGGAUAUACAGCACUCAUUUUAGCAGCAAAGAAUGAUCACAAGGCGAUUGUCAAGGCGCUACUCGAGAGGGAGGACAUCGACAUCAACUGUAAAGGUAGUGAUGGAGAUACAGCACUCAUUUUAGCAGCAGUGUAUGGGUAUGAGGCGAUUGUCAAGAUGCUACUCGAGAGGGGGGACAUCGAUGUCAACUGCAAAGAUAGUAGGGGAUAUACAGCACUCAUUAAUGCAGCAAUGAAGGAUCACAAGGCGACUGUCAAGAUGCUACUCGAGAGGGAGGACAUCGAUGUCAACUGUAAAGAUAGUAAUGGAGAUACAGCACUCAUUUAUUCAGCAAUGAAUGAUCACAAGGCGACUGUCAAGAUGCUACUCGAGAGGGAGGACAUCGAUGUCAACUGCAAGGGUAGUAGGGGAUAUACAGCACUCAUUUAUUCAGCAAUGUAUGGGUAUGAGGCGAUUGUCAAGAUGCUACUCGAGAGGGAGGACAUCGACAUCAACUGCAAAGGUAGUGAUGGAGAUACAGCACUCAUUAAUGCAGCAUGGAAUGGGAAUGAGGCGAUGGUCAAGAUGCUACUCGAGAGGGAGGACAUCGAUGUCAACUGCAAAGAUAGUAGGGGAUAUACAGCACUCAUUUUAGCAGCAAAGAAUGAUCACAAGGCGAUUGUCAAGGCGCUACUCGAGAGGGAGGACAUCGACAUCAACCACAAGGAUAAGGAUGGAGAUACAGCGCUUGGCCUUGCGAUAGGUCGCGGGCAAGAAGAGAUCAUAGGACUGUUACUUGCUAAGAAUGACCUCAUCAUAGAUGAGGAUAUCGAUUUCGAAUCAUCCUCUCGUUUGUCACAGUCGAUAAAAGCCGAAUUAGCUGCGAGAAGGUCCAAGACAAGGAAGGAGUCCGAGGCGACCGGGGUGGAUCGCGUUCCGUUGGAUGGAUCAGCCUGUUUGGUCGAGGACGCAGAAAUGUAG